CAAUAGCUUAUAAUCUUGACCCUGGAAUAUUCAUGAUUUGGCCAUGCUUUAAUGAUUCCAUUUCUGCAAUAAAUGGUUUAAUGAAAUUAUUAAAAGUUCCACCCAAAAAGGUGCAGGAGAUACAUAGACGAUGGAUUUUGACCAGCAUUGUCCAAAAUAUUAUCAAUUGCUUUGAAAUUGGAACUACUAGGAGUAGACAACAAAGGCAAUA